UCUCUUGUGUUUCGUUGCUGACUCAUAAAAAAAAAUCUCCAAAGUCCGAGAAAAUCUCCAAAUUCCCAAGUUUGUUUCUUUUAUCUCACAAAGCCAUCAGUUUCCAACAAACCCCACAAAGAUAAAAACUAGUAUUAUCUUUUCUUCUCGGUGAGAUCGAUCUUACACACAUCAGCAAAUAUCUGAAAAUCUGAGAUCUUUCUUUUGAAACAUCAAUGGCGUCUUCGUCAAGCCUUGCUCGAUCGGGAAGCGUCCAUCUAGACGAGAAGUGGAAACUAUCGAAGAAAGACGGCGGCGCGUCGAGGAUCACGCGCUCUUCAUCGACGACUUCAUCAGCUUCCUUCAACGGCAAGAAACAGGGGAGAUGUGCUUUUACGAGGAAGUGUGCGAGAUUGGUUAAAGAACAGAGAGCUCGUUUCUACAUCAUGCGUCGCUGCGUAAUCAUGCUUAUUUGCUGGAGAGAUAACUACUCCGAUUCUUAAAAAAACAAAAAAAAAACAGAACACAUCUCUCUCUCUGUUUCUUUCUUCAUCAUGUCUCUGUUGUUUCUGUGGUCUGAAACCGAAGUUGAUUAUAGAUAUACAUGUACAUAAAGGGUUCUAUGUUUCUUUUGGUUUCUGUACUUUUUCUUUAGAUCAAAUUUUUUUAGAUUUGUUAUGAAUAUUUCUGGUUUUAGAGAAGCUUUGUUUCAGUGUGAAGUUGUUUUCAAGAUGCAAAAAAAAAAUAAAAGAACUGAAAAAAAAAAUUGUAUGAUAAUAAUAAUAAGUUGAUGAUAUAAAAUAGUGAAUUAGAUUCGUCUUUGGACAUCUUGUGACGA